GGCCAGACCGUCAACGGAGCCCAGCCCGGCUGAUCUCAGACAGACACCCACUGACCCCCAGCAUUUCCAGGAGCCCAGACACCGACAACCGACAGCCUAUAGCCUACAGCCGAGGGAAGGCCCACUUGCUGCCUGCAGCCAUGCCAGGCCUCAGCCUGGUCGUUCUGGGCCUGCUCAUGGCAGUGCCCCCUGCCAGCUGUCAACAAGGCCUGGGGAAACUUCAGCCCUGGAUGCAGGGCCUCAUCGCCGUGGCUGUGUUCCUGGUCCUUGUGGCAAUAGCCUUCGCUGUCAACCACUUCUGGUGCCAGGAUGAGCCGGAGCCCGUGAAUACGGUCCUGACCGUGGGAAACAAGACGGAUGGGAUCCUGGUGGGAACAGACGGAAGGUACUCCUCCAUGGCCACCGGCUUCAGGUCCAUCGAGCACGAGCAUGCCUAUGAGAACACGCUGGAGCAGGAGGGCAAGGUCCGCAGCACCCCCAUGUGACCCCAGCUCGCCUGUGCCCCCAACCUUGAGGCACCUGCCAUCGAUGCUCAAGGUCACCUCCAGGCCCUUUCCUUCUCUGGGCCAGAAUCUACAGUCUGGGCCAUUCCCCAGCCCCUCCGUGAAUUGCAGGCUGCCCCUCAGUGUCCAGGCUGGGGCUCGGCUGUGGCCCUGAGGACUCUCUGAGAGUCCUGCUCCCCUCAGAAGAGCCUUCUGAAGAGGACACAGGUUCUCGUCUCCUGUCCUGCCUCAUGUCGUUUCCCUCCUAACCAUGGAAAUAGCCCUUACUUCUGUGAAAUAAAGACUUUUUAUACUUUCGGGGCGAGGCUCAGAGGCAGCCCCUAGGC